AGUAUGUUUACAAUUUUGUGUCUUGCGUGUUUCGUGAACAAAAUUGGGUAGGGGUCACGCGUACUCUGCGAAGGAGCUCUCAAGAGGGCGGGAAAACUUUGACAAGGGGCUGCCAUUGCCGUCACGUUACAACGAAAUGUUUUGCCAUAAAUCUCUUCAAGUAUUUCAGAGGCAAGGCAGACCUCGUGAUAUAUUCAUACUGGAGAUUUCAAAGAAAUACCUUGCUUUUCUUGUGUACGAUGUAUUUUUGUAUAUUUUAGAGUCAAUUAAAAAGAAUGAGUCUACGACGACAUCUAGGCCUAUUUGUUUUGAUUGGCAGUUAAAGAGAAUAUGGAUGUUCAGAUCGAAUCUUGUGAAGGCAGUAGAAUGCGAAGAGCUUGAGUGCCUACUUUUAUUGACUGCAGAUGGAACAGUUUGGAAGCUUUCAUUUGCAGAAAUAUCAUCGAGGAAGCCGUGGGGGCAGAGAGGCCAUCAUCAUGAUGAAGCCAAUAAAUCAAGUGCCAGGUCUGAGAUUUUUGCUGCCUUACUUGAUGAUUCUGCUUCCGAGAAACCAAAAUAUGCAAGAGGUCAUUCCACAAACAUUUUUCCAUCACAACCUGAUGAAAGUUGCAAGUUGAUUUGUGACAUGGAGAUAUGUGAAAUGUUUUGCAUUGGACAAGAACUAAUUGUUGUGAAGCAAAGCGCAAGUAAAAGCCACACUUUACAUAAAGUUAAGAUUGAGAAAGACAGCAUUAUUUCUCAGCCAUUUUUAGAAGUUCGUUAUCUGCAAAGAUACUCAUCUAAUGGACAGAAUGUUGAAAAUACAACCUUAUCCAUAUAUUUUGAUAUCAUAUCCCACAAUUGUUCUUUACCUUCUAACUCUGGCUUGACAUUGGGAAGGGAUUUGUUUGCAUCAACCUUUUCAAUUUGCAAUGCUUCAUCUACACCAUAUGUUUUGCUGUGCGCAAAUGCUGUUGGGAAAAUUUGUACUUUUCCAUUCAGAAUUCAGUCAGAUACAUCUGGCAAGAAUAUUGAUAAAGAGACAAUUGUUCAACAGUUUGGUAGUAAAACUAAUUUUCUUUGUGACUUGCACGAGCCAUUAUGUGAUACUUUGCGACUGGAUGUCAAGGAGAUCAAUGUGCAACAAGAAUGGGACAUGCAGGAGAAGAGAAUGGAAAGGAGUUUGAUUGAAAGUCUCGUUUCAGAAAUCAGGAAGAAAUUUGAAGAGAAAUGUGCACUUUUGAUUAUUGCUAAAUCUGGAAAGGUUUUGAUAGUUUUGCAACCAGAAGAAAAGUUUAAUAUGUCGCCCUUCAAUGUGAGCUGUGUUCCAGGACCAGUUUUUUCGGUCUCUUCAGCUGCAGAUUUUUUAAUCCAUGCAACUGGGGUUGAUAUUCACAUAUCAAAUCUGUUCCUUGAUAUUGUCGUAAAGAGAGACAAGAACUUCUGUAUUGCCCCUCAUUUAAAACCAGUUUAUACAAUUUCAUCAUUAAGUGCUAUUUGUCUCUCUCAAAGAACCUUUCUAGCAAAAGAUCAUAGUCAGUUAUCUAUGUUCUUCAUAGCAACAAAUAAGAGGGGAUGCCUUUAUAGUGUGGCAUUAGAGAAGUUACUCAAGCCUUUAUCCAUAUCCAAAACUACAGAUAAAGAAAGAAUGAAAUCCUUGCUAAGUCGACUGGAGAUGGAGCAAAAAAAUCUAAAGAUUUGGGAGCAUUUAUUACAGAAUCAAAAUAAAGUUUUGUCCCUUGUAUGGAGAGCUUCAUCUGUAACUAUUAAUUUGAUGAAAGCUUUCUACAAUGCAAAAGGAAAGUUGCAGAAUGGUGAUCAAAUGCUUUCCUGCAGAGUCAGAAAUGCAUUGUUAGAAACUGAUAAUAUUUUGUAUUUAGAUAUUGAGCUACAGAACAAGUCAGACCAUCUAAUUCUUGAAUAUUGGAACCUACAAUGUACAGUCAUUGCUAGACAAGUAUCAUAUAAUUCUUGCUUUGGUGAUUUGAAGAUGAUCACAAAAUCUUUUAGAAUACAGCAUUUACCUUCAAGAUCAAAUACAUGUUAUAGAUGGUCACUUGAUGCUUCUAAAGCAAAAAUCCUGCUACCACUGAAAUUGGAGUUCAAACUGGUAUUCCCUUGCCCAACCACCCUAACUAACUUUUACAGUACUCGAUUAAAUGAAGUGAAUGAAAGCUGCAUUUUCCUGCCUUUAAAUGUUUGCCAUGUAAACAUACUUGAUCUUUCAAAUGCCAAUAGCAGAGACACAACACAAAGGACAUUUUUUAUCACAAGGGAAAUCUUUUCCAAAUCGGGUUCUCAGACAAUGUGUAAUUGCAAAAGGUCCUUUAUAUCAUCUUUCAACCAGACUAGUGAAGCCGAAUCUCAAGAAUCUAGUGUAUUUAGUGCAAAGCCAACAAAAAAAUUACUGUUACCCAUAUCUGCCGUUUCCUGUUUUUCAUCAAAUGAAAACAAAACCACUUCUUUAAUACAAGAUGCUUGGUCAGUCUUUAUUUCAAAUUUGUUCCCACAUCAAAGCUUACAAGAAAGACUCUCAAGGGAUGGCUGUAUUGCUAUUGUGUUGCCCUGUAUGCAUGAAGUGAAGUUUUAUAUUGUGGAAAAAGAUAGACAGUCUUCAGUGGACAGUCCAAGCAUAUUUAUUGAAGGACAGGAGUCUGCAUUGCUGAUUCAAUCACAUACAGCAGUUAUGUCACCACUUGAGAAAUCGAUUAGUAAAGAUUCGGAAGUUGCAAUUCAAACAGAAGCUGCUGGCACUUUGAAACAUAUUAAAGUAGGUUUUUUAUCAUUGUCACCAUUACCAAAUUAUUGUAUUUUAUGUUAUAUCAUAAUUGGCCAAUACCUUUCCUAUUUGCUUGAUAUUCCUUCACGAAGUUAUGUUACCAAGACUUUCACCCUUAACUGUUCCUGGGACAAAAAUAGAAAGCUGCACAUUCAAAAUUCCACUUAUUCAUUAUAUUGCAGAUCUAUUGUAUUUGUUUACAACUAAAAUCAUUUCUGGCUGACUGUGUAUUGAAAAGGGUUUGGUAAGGAGUUACGAAGGCAUAAGUCGUUAAAGAAGAAUUAACCUAUUUAAGAAUUAGCUUCAGAAUUAUGGUCAGUUGUUUAACAUAACAUCUUGAAGAGAUGAUUACACUUGAAGAGAAGCUUCCUAAAAUCAUUAUUUCCUAUUUUCCAAAUAACAGGACUUGAAAGCAAGAAUUAACAACAUGCCUUUUGUCAAAACUGAAUACAUUCAUGUGGAGCAGAUUUUGCAAUGGAUGAUGGAUCUUUUUUUCAACUGCAGAUCAUCAGGAU